GCUGCACUAGUACAAACACAUCUUAGAGGGGCGGGGAGAGGCGGCAGAAUCUUAUCGAUAUCGCCUUGCGGCUGUCACCUAUCGCCUCAACCUCGACGACGUCUUCCUUCUGGGAGGAGGAGCAAGGUGAAACGCAACACAGACGACACCGUGGUGCUAGGUGCUGUGCCUUGAAUAUACCUACAACAAUACGAUAGAAACGACCACGACAACGACGCUGGACGUCUGAUCCGCUAUCCUCACUACCAAAUACCAUUUAACCCCCACCACAACCACCUCACCCACAUCAUCCUCAUCCCGAACAUCUACUAUAUACCCCACAGCCACACCCAAACCACACACCACCCACCCACCCAGCACCGCCUCACGGCCCCCUCUCCUUCAAAAUGCAAGGUUUCAACAUGGGCCGCUACGUCCCCCCCGAGCACGAAGGCCUCACCUCCGCCAACGCCCUCCAAAAAAAGCACCCCCUCGGCUCCCGCGCCUCAAAAUCCCAUCUCGGCAUCCUCACCGUCCGCUUCGAGAUGCCCUUCCCCAUCUGGUGCACCACCUGUCCAAAACCCACCAUAAUCGGCCAGGGAGUACGGUUUAACGCCCAGAAGCGGAAGGUUGGCAUGUAUCAUAGCACGCCGAUCUGGGCGUUUGGGAUUAAACAUGCUGCGUGUGGGGGGGGGAUAGAGAUUAGGACCGAUCCGAGGAAUACGGCGUAUGUGGUUACGGAGGGGGCGAGGAAAAGGGAUUUGGGGGAGGAGAGGGUGGGGGAGGGGGAUACGGUGAUAUUGAGUGAGAGGGAGAGGGAGGAGAGGAGGGGGAAUGCAUUUGUGGGGUUGGAGGGGAAGGUGGAGGAGAGGGAACGGGUGGAGGGGGCGAGGGAGAGGAUUGGAGAACUACUGGAGGAGAGGAGGGGGUGGGAGGAUCCUUAUGAGGCGAAUCGAAGACUUAGGGGGGUGUUUAGGGAGGGGAGGAAGGGGAGGGAGGGAGAGGCGAGGAGGGUGGAGGGGAUGAAGGAACGGUUGGGGUUGGGGGGGUGGGAGGGGGUGGUUUUGCCCGCAACGAGGGAGGAUGGGUUGAGGGCGGAGUUGGCGUUUGCUGAUGUUGAUCGGAGGAGAGAGGAGGAUGGAGGGAAUGGGAACGGGGAGAGGGAGGGGAAGGGGGAGGGGAGGCUGAGAAGCGCGAAGAAGAAGAAGAGGAAACCACCAGGCCCAGAAGAGAGGAAAGAGAUGCUAGCAAAGACGGUGGAGAGGAAUACGCGCGUGAGGAUGGAUCCGUUUCUCGAUGGCGGCGGCGCGCGGGUGGCGGGCGGGAGGGCGGUGUUGGGGGUUAAGCGGAAGCGCGAGGUGGUGGGGGAGAGGAGUGGGGGGAGUGAAGGUGGUGGAGGUGGAAGUGAAGGUGGAAGUGGAAGUGAAGUUAAAGCUGGGGGAGAGGGUACUGCAGCGGGCGCAGGACCAGGAGUGGCAAUAACGACUAGCAAGGGGCUGCUGGUGGAUUAUGAGUCUGAGUGAUCGGAUGGGGGGUGAGAUGGAUGGGGUGAGAUUGAGAUUGAGAUUAGAAUUAGAGUGCUGCGAGUAGUACUCUGCUGUACAGUAUGGGGAAAUGGGUAGAGGCGUUGAUGACUGCCCCUCUGACGUCAGGGGGGAGGAUGUGAGAAUGGAUUGUGGUCUAGAUGUUGUACUUACCAAACAGACUGGACAGGGUAGAAGACUGGAUGGGAUGGGAUGGGAUGGGAUGGGGGAGUUGUACUCUUGUACUCAGUACUGGGAUAUAGCAUAAAGUAAGGGGUAUAUUGUACUCUAGCCGGAUCGUUAUUUCGUUGGGAAGCUGCACACUGCACUGUACUGCACGCACUGCAAGCACCUCUCUGUCUGCCAAAGCGUGAAUCCAUCGUGGCCUCCUGCCCCAAACUCAUGUACCUCCCCACUAAAUUCCAGUGACGAGGUACAUAAGCCCGCCCAACCACCCGUCCCCCAAAACACCUGCACGCACCACCACACAGUAAAACAGCACCACACACCCAAAUCCCGUGCACUCCCAC